CAGGGUUGUGGCUGAGGGGUAAGUGACCACUUAAACUGAUGGCGAAUAGGUACAAAGCGCUUGUAAAAGGCAUCGUUUCUGGCACUGCGAGGGACUUGUGCUCCGGGUGACACAACAGGAAGUCCUUAAUAUGAGUGAUGACAGACCUUUCCAAUGCACUGCUCCUGGGUGUGGACAGAGAUUUACCAACGAGGAUCACUUGGCCGUCCACAAACACAAACAUGAGAUGACCCUGAAGUUUGGCCCAGCGAGGAAUGACAGCGCCAUCAUCGCAGACCAAACACCAACACCUACCCGCUUUUUGAAGAACUGCGAGGAGGUUGGACUCUUCAAUGAACUUGCAAGUCCGUUUGACCAUGACUUCAAAAAAGCGAGUGAAGAUGACAUUAAAAAGUUACCGUUGGAUUUGUCACCUCUUGCAACGCCUAUCAUACGCAACAAAACUGAGGAGCCCACAUCUAUGGAGGCCCAUCAAGAUAGCCCACUGCCUCACCCCGAAUCUACUACGAAUGAUGACAAGGAUUUAUCUUUGCAGCCAGCCUCACUGCCAACAUCCACUAUAGUCCAUCCUGCAUCCCUCCAAGUUCCCAAUGUACUUCUAGCAACCUCAGAGGCUAAUGUUGUAAUACAGCAAGCUCUCCCAUCACCAACAUCUAGCUCUGUUAUUAUCCAAGUCCCAUCCACUAAUAGGCCUAUAGUCCCGGUGUCUGGCACCUUCCCCGUGCUCUUACAGCUGCCUAAUGGCCAGACCAUGCCGGUUGCUAUACCUGCGUCUAUUACAAGCUCAAGUCUACAUAUUCCAACUACAAUCCCUCUUGUCAGACCUGUCACCAUCGUGCCUAACAUCCCCGGGAUCCCAGGACCUCCCUCACCACAGCCCGCCCAAUCAGAAGCGAAGCUGCAGCUUCCUCAGGUAACCGAUGGAAAUACUGGCGAAGUCCAGAGCAGCGCUGUAACCCACACUGCUGCUCCCACUUCUCCUGCUCCGUCCCCCGCCCCACCUCCAGCCCCCAUCGGGGCCCUAAGUGCUGCUCCAGCUACACACCUGCCCACGACUGAGGAACCUUCCCCCCAUUCCCUUCAGCAGCCAGCCACCUCCACCACAGAGACACCUGCUUCUCCAGCGCCCACUGCGCCAAACCCCCCAAGCACAACAGGGGUCCGGCGGCGCAGAACCACAAGUGAAAACCCGGAUGAGAAGCGGCGCAAGUUUCUGGAGCGCAACAGGGCGGCGGCCUCUCGCUGUCGGCAGAAGAGGAAAGUGUGGGUCCAGGGUCUGGAGAAGAAGGCCGACGACAUCAACUCCAUGAACGGACAACUGCAGAGUGAAGUCUCCCUGCUGAGAAACGAAGUGGCUCAGCUGAAGCAGCUUCUUCUGGCUCAUAAAGAUUGCCCUGUAACCGCCAUGCAGAAGAAAUCUGGCUAUCACAUCUCUGACAAGGACGAAAGCUGCGAGGAGAUGUCCGUCCCCGGUAGCCCCCAGAACGAGGCCAUCCAGCACAGCUCCGUCAGCACCUCCAACGGGGUCAGCUCCUCCUCCACAACCUCAGCCGCCUCGGCCUCGUCCAGCGGCGCCACCACCACCACCACCACGUCCAACCAGAGCACAGAGGAGACCCAGUCUCAGCCUUCAGGGAGUUGAUCGUCCCAAACUGUGCCUGAGCGUCGACACGGGAGGAAAGGGAUUUUCUCUCAUCCUUAGUUUGGACACUGCUGUUGUUAUUUUGUUCAUGUUUGGUCCAUUUUGUCAAUGCUUUUUAAAAAUGCAAACGUUUUCUCUAGAAUUGAUGAAGACAAAAUAACAGGCACUUUAGGUGUAAGAUGUAAAACAUAUGGUUAAAAAGUGUUUUUGUGAUUUAUUUUAUUUAUUUUAUUUAUUUUAUUUAUUUUAUUUAUUUUAUUUAUUUUAUUUAUUUUAUUUAUUUUAUUUAUUUUAUUUAUUUUAUUUAUUUUAUUUAUUUUAUUUAUUUUAUUUAUUUUAUUUAUUUUAUUUAAAGCAAUCAUAAAUUGUUAGACCUUACCAAAGUGUAUUGUUGUAACUAGUUUGCUUGUUUUGUUUUCAUUACUUUUAACAAGCACUAUCUUUAUGAUGACGUUAAAAUAAAGAGCAGUCCCUUUUUAAAAAAAAAAAAUAAUUUGCUUUUCACGUUUUGCACAUUUUUGAGAGAUGACGGGUUUACGAGUUCGACAGUUCACAUGUUAAGUACCGGCAGCUUUUUAGAAGUCGAUUUGAAUACACAAAUGUAAAUGGCGGAAUCAGAUUUUAAAUUCAACAACUUUUCUGUGAGUUAGAUCGGCCGUAGUCGCAUCGUGUAGUUUGAAUGUUUGAGCUCACCUCUGCUUGUAAAACUAGUCUUAAGGAUGUGAGCUUUUUAGAAAUGUGUGUUAUUCCGUUAACAUUCCACCUGUAGUCUGAUUGUUCCUGAAACAGUGAUUGUAGGAUUGCAGUACCUUUUCCAUUACUCAAUCUUGGUGAUGUUGACUUCAUUCAGUGCCAUUAAUGUUUUUGUAUGAAUUACUUCUGUACAUUUGUUAUGCAGAUUAGCUUGAGUUGACAGUAGUUCUCUCAGAUUAAACGUCUCAUGAAACGUAGUUUCUCAGUAAGGAAAUAUCUUGUUGUAUACUGUCUUUGCUUUAUAAGUGAUUGUUUAUGACUUUAUGGGACAUUAUGUUGUUUUAAUGAUGGCAAAUCCUCGAUGACGUUUUUAGAAAACAUUGUAAAUAACAUCAGUGAUGCAUUGUAUGUGAUCUUUCUAGGUGUUAUGUACUUUCUUCUUUUUAUAGGAUGGUGUGGUUGAACUCUGUUAGCAGUUGAGCAAUGUUUCCGCCAUUAGGAUAGGCCUCCUCCUGACUCCACAUCUUGUCAAGUGAAAUUAAAGCAUUCAGAUGUGAACAGGAAUCACAUCAUGUACACUAGAGUAACACUAGUAAGAAUUGUGAACAUUUCAUCAUUGAAAUAUUAGCAGGAAGAAAAUCAAACCAUCCAUCCAUUUUCAAUACCGCUUAAUCCUCAUUAGGGUCGUGGGGGCGCUGGAGCCUAUCCCAGCUGACAUAGGGCGAAGGCAGGGGACACCCUGGACAGGCCGCCAGUCCAUCGAGGGCACAUGUGAAAAAGAAAAUCAAACCAUGAAGUCAAUUAGCCUUUUCUCUUAUUCUGUACUGGCUUACUACUGUGUAGUUUUAUAAGAAGCUAACGCAUUGUUUUCUUUAAGUACGAUUUUUAUUUUGUAUUUAUUGUUUAUUUAACUGUGAUGUGCCAUCUGCAUGAGGUAAUAAUUCUCUGCGAGAAUUUAACCGUUUCUUCGAUAAUGUCUCGAUCAGAUAAAUCUCAUUAAACAACUUGAGUUGUGGUUCUAAGUUUAUGAAAGCUUUGGUUAGUCUUUCUACUGGUUAAAAAAGAAGUGUGGUACUGUGUUGAAAGUGUACCUGUAACUUGUGAAAUUUCUGUAUUCAAAUUUUAUUUGAUAAGUUGUUGUAAUAAACCUUUUAAUAUCUCUUUAAA